AUGCUGGCAUCCGGGUUUAGUAAUGCACCACUGUCCAAGUACCUGGUCAUGGCGGUAGUGGUGGGAUCGCUCCUGGCCAGCAUCACCGACACCAAGCACCUGCUCUUCAUCAUGGUCAAGCCACACAUCUCCGACUACCGACAGCUAUGGCGAUGCAUGAUCUGGCCGCUGGUCUAUACCAACUCGACAGAGGUCUUGUUUGCGGCCAUGAUUCUGUACCAACUACGCGUGAUCGAGCGUCUUUGGGGUUCGCGCAAGUUCGCAUCAUUCCUCUUGUCGACGCUGCCCUAUACCGUUCUGCUUCCACCACUCCUUCUCAUACUCAUCAUCCGACCGCUCUCUUUCUACAACAUCAACUAUCUUCCUGCCGGACCCACGGCCUUCGUCUUCGCACUCCUUGCUCAGUACCACGCUGCGAUUCCCUACAUGUACAAAUACCAGCUCUCAGCAAGCGACUCGCCUCAAUCGUCUUCGGCCAUCAACCUGACUUCGAAGUCGACGUCCUACCUCCUUCCUCUCCAACUGGCGCUAUCACAAUUACCUGGCUCUGCCAUCGUAGCAGCAGUGGGCUGGCUAGUAGGCUAUGCAUACAGAAGAGACAUUCUGCCCGGGGCCGCGGCUUGGAGAAUACCAGAUCUGAGUGCUGGCAAGAGGGAAAGGGAGAGGUUCGAGGGGCUGAGAAGACGUAUGGAAGGAGAGGCUGCCACGGCUAGUGGGUCCAGAGUAGAAGAGAGUGAUGGUGGCCGAAGGAGAACGAUUGGUGGUCAGCUCCUGGACCAGUUCCGAGGUUCUUGA